AUGUCGGAAAACAACGACGUUUCAUUCAGGAAACCGGCGUCCAGACUCCGGUGGGACGUGUUUCUAAACUUCAGAGGGGAAGACACUCGCGAUACUUUCACUGACCGGCUCUACGAAGCGCUAUGUCGAAAAAAAGUCCGAGUCUUCCGCGACGACGACGGGUUGACUCAGGGAGAUUCACUCACUCCAACUCUUCUCAACGCGAUCGAAGACUCGGCGGCUUCGAUCGCCAUCAUCUCCCCCAGUUACGCUUCCUUCAGGUGGUGCCUCGAAGAACUCGCUACGAUCUGCGAGUUUAAACGACUCGUUCUUCCCGUUUUCUACCGAGUCAACCCGAGCGAUGUUCGGAGACAGAAAGGACCGUUCGAAGAGGAUUUUCAAACACUGGAGAGAAGGUUUGGAACGGAAAAGGUGUUGCGAUGGAGAAAUGCUAUGGAAGAAGUCGGUGGAAUUUCCGGUUGGGUUUUCGAUGACCGUGACGAGGAGUCACAGUUGAUUGAGCGUUUAGUCAAGAGGAUUUCGGCUGAAUUGAGCAAUAGUCCCGUUUUUGUGGCUCCAUUCUUGCAAGAUGGGAAGGGGACAAGCAGCAUUCAAGGGAUCAUUCUUGACUUUGAAAAGAAGAACUUCCCAAAGAUUAAGAGUGCUAAAGCAAUUGCUACGAACAAUUUUCAAAGAUCACCCACUUUAGUUUCUGCACUAACUUACUUGAAGGAGAUAUAUAAAGGAUAUUUUCAACAUGGUGCCAAGAGUGAGGGAGAAGUGAUGCUUUGCACUAAACCAUUUGAAACAAUGGUUAAUCUAAGACUGCUUCAAUUGAGUGAUGUGAAAAUGAAAGGAAGUUUUAAACAUCUUCCUGCUGAACUGAAGUGGCUACAAUGGCGGAGAUGUUCCUUGAAGAAUCUUCCAUCUGUUUUUUGUCCGCGGGAACUAACUGUCCUUGAUCUCUCAGAAAGCAAGAUAGAAAGAGUUUGGGGCAGGAGAUGGUGGUGCUGGUCCAGGAACAAGGUGGCAGAGAAAAUGAUGGUUAUGAAUCUCCGAGGUUGUUGUAACAUAACUGCUAUUCCUGAUUUAUCUGGGCAUCCUGCCCUGGAAAAGCUAAUUCUUGAGGGUUGUGUUAACCUGGCUAGGAUUCAUAAGUCAAUUGGUGAGGACCUGAAUAUGUUACGCCAAUUGAAUCUGAGAGCAUGUUCCAGCCUUGUUGAAUUUCCAAGGGACGUCUCUGGCCUAAAACGUCUUGAGAACCUUAUCCUCUCCGGUUGCUCAAAUCUGAAAGCCCUACCACAGGAUAUGGGCAGCAUGAGUUCUUUAAGAGAACUUCUCCUUGAUGAAACAGCCAUAGAGAAGCUACCUGAGUCUAUAUUUAAGCUUGCAAACCUUGAAAGGCUCGGUCUAAAUAAUUGCCAAUCAUUAAAACGACUACCCACAUGCAUUGGUAAGUUGAUUUCUUUGAGAGAACUUUCAGUUAACAAUUCUGCAUUGGAGGAAGUACCCGAUGGUAUUGGCUUGUUGGGAGAGCUUGAGACGCUAAGUUUGAUGUGGUGUAGAUCACUUACUGUACUACCUGAUUCGGUUGGGAAGCUGAAAUCAUUGGCAAAAUUUUGGCUUAAUAGUAGUUCGGUGAAAGAAAUGCCAGCUUCUAUCGGUUCAAUAUGUUAUCUGAAGGAGUUGUUAGUUGGAGGUUGUUGUAAUGUGAGCACAUUGCCUGCUUCCAUUGAAGGGCUCCAUUCCAUGGUUGAGCUUCAGUUAGACGGGACAUCAAUCAUAGAUCUUCCAGAUCAGAUUGGUGGCUUGAAAUCACUUAAAAAGCUUGAGAUGAGAAAUUGUAAAUUUCUGAGAUCACUUCCGGAAUCUAUUGGGAAGUUGUUGGCUCUUAAUACAUUGAUCAUAGUGAAUGCUGCCAUAACUGAACUUCCUGAAUCUAUUGGGAUGUUGGAAAACCUCAUCAUGUUAAGGUUGAACAAAUGUACACAACUUUACAAACUGCCAGCUUCAUUCGGGAAAUUGAAAUUUUUGCACCACUUGCUAAUGGAGGAGACUUCUGUAACCGAAUUACCUGAAAAUUUUGGGAUGCUCUCAUACUUGAUGGUAUUGAAAAUGGCAAAGAAGCCUUAUCCUGCAGUGCCUCAGAAUGCUGAAACAACAGAACAAAAAGAUCUUGGUGCAGAAAAGAAAUCUAAAUGCAUUGUGCUUCCGUCUUCUUUUUCAAAUCUUUCCUUGCUAAUAGAAUUCGAUGCUCGUGCAUGGAAAAUAUCUGGGAAUAUAGCAGAUGAUUUUGAGAAGUUGUCGUCCUUAGAAAUUUUGAAUCUAUCUCACAAUUAUUUUUGCAGACUUCCAUCAAGUCUGAGAGGACUCUCUGUCCUCAAAAAGAUUUUUCUGUCCCACUGCAAACAGCUCAAAUUUAUUCCUCCGCUUCCUCCAAGUUUGGUGGAGGUAGAUGCAGCAAACUGUACAGCAUUGGAAAGUAUAUCAAACCUGUCUGAUUUGGAGAGUUUACGAGACCUGCACCUUGCGAACUGUGAGAACUUGGAGGACAUUCCGGGCCUGGAAUGCUUGAAGUCCUUGAGAAUCUUGCACAUGGUUGGCUGCAAUUCAUGUGCUUCUGUUGUGAAGAAAAAACUUGAUAAAGUCGCUAUAAAGAACAUGUACGAGUUAAGUAUCCCUGGAAGUGAAAUACCUGACUGGUUUGCUCAAGGGGUGGUUUGUUUCUCAGCACGCAAAAACUAUGCGAUUAAAGGCGUUAUUAUAGGCGUUGUUGUGUCUGUCAACCAUCAAAUAACUGACGAUUUGAGAGAUCAACUCCCUGUCAUACCAGAUGCUGUUGCAACAAUCCUCAGAUUGAAUGAACCAGUGUACAGUAUGGCAAUGCACUUGGCAAGAGUUCCAAAGACACAUGAAGAUCAAGUUUAUUUUUGUAGAUAUGAAGAUCAUCAUCCAUUGGUUUCGAUAUUGAAAGAUGGCGACACGAUAAGGGUAGCAUUGAGGAACCCUCCAUUUGUUAAGGGGGUUGAGCUCAAGAAGUUUGGGAUUCAUUUGGUUUUCGAAAAUGAUGAUGACUAUGAUGGAGAUGAAGAAAUAUUGGAUGAAAGCCGACAAUCUGUAUCAGAAAAAUUAACAAGGUUUAUCAGAUCCUCUGAAGCAAGCAAUCAUACCUCGGAUUCAAGUCAUGAAAUUGAAGAACUGUUACCAAAAAAAUUUAAAAGAAGCUGAAGGACACAUGCAGGAGAUCAGAGAGCUGAUUGGUUGCUUUGGAGUGAGAUAUUUGGCAUGGUAAGGUGCCUUUUAAGGUGGCUUCUACUAUUUAUGUCUAGCCUAUGGAAAUGUGAGGUCAGCUUUAUGCUACAUGCCUUGUAGAUUUGAACUAUUUUUAGGCAUAGGAAUUUGCCACUGGAGAUGAGGGAAGAAUAUCCGUU